AUGGCCGAAAGGAUGGACCGCAUAGAAAUAACAAUGUACGAGAUAAAGACGAGUCUCAAAGCGAUUCAACCAAGAAACCAACCUGGUAAACUCGCAAUAUCUGAACCCUCCAAUUCGGCAACCCGACCUGAAAAAGGCAAAGCCCCAGCAAGGCCGGAUAAAUACCCUCCGGUCGACAGCACAAAUGUCACCUCCAAACUAGAGAUCGAUUCCUUCGUUUUAACACCUGGCGAAAAAUUUGUGAAAGAAGCUUGGCCUCAAGCACUUCUGGCUCAUGAGGUAAAUCACGAGGCAUAUACCAGCAUAAAAAAUAAGGUGGUAAUUAGACCGGAACUUCGCCUGGACAAGGCCAAUUCUACUGUAUUUUCCAAGCUCACUGAAAUUCAGUCAGCUUUUAGAAUUGCCUUAGUUCCGUACUGGUACUGGCCAAAACGGCUUUGUUUAGAUAUGAAAGAGGACUUUCAAUGUACACGCGUUUGGGCCGAGGAAAAUUCGGCAACUACUUGGCCCCUGCUACUGGAAGCAAUCUUCAAAACUAUGCAGCGAUUAGACGUACUACAUAGUCUCAGAACCAUCUUCUCCCGCCACGCUGCCAGAGAUGGAGAAGACAUUAACUCCUUCACUACCUGA